AACUUUAAUUGCAGCCCCCAGCCCAGCAAAAAUAAACAAAAAAGGGGAAACUAGAAUUAAAAAAAAAAAAAAACGCAGAUCAGUGACGUCAGUCUUAGCAACGUCAGAAAACCAGGACGGCGUCGCCACCCCUCACCGGAUUCCGCCUCGAUCACUGCUGAAGGAAUUUCUAUGGGUUUGAGCAAAACAGAGAUCAAUUUGAGGAGGUUACUGGCAGCUGCCCCACAGCAACAGAAUCAGGCAAAGCUCAUACAUGUAUGUGUAAAGACCUCUCAAGUCCAACUGUGUAUUGGUAUGUUGCCACGUUACGAGAGCAACUGGAGCAAUUGGCUGAAGAGAAGACUAACGAAGGAUUACCAAGUAUUUCAAAAGCUAGGCUGAAUGAGUAUUCUGACCAAAUUGAAGUUAUUGCUGCCAGAUUAGCUACCCCUGAGGUGGAGUCUAUAGUGGAAGUAACCGAGGACCAUUCUCUUGGAACUUCUGUCACUGAUGCAGCUAAAGCCAGGGAAAGUGUUCAAUCCCCAAGAGGAUUAAGGAGGAGAUUUGGGCCCCAGUCUAUUACUGAAGAUGGGUCUCAUGAUACUGUAGAAUCCGAGCAAUCAACGCCAGUCAAAUUGGAUGCUUCUGCACAAACACAUAUUCAGAAACACAGGAAGCUUCAAGAGGAUUUAACUGAUGAAAUGGUUCACUUGGCACGGCAACUCAAAGAAAGUAGUCUGUUGAUGAAUCAAUCUGUCAAAAACACUGAGAAACUACUUGAUUCGACAGAGAGAGCAGUUGAACAUAGUUUAGCCAGCACAGGGCAUGCUAAUACUCGGGCCGCGGGCGUGUUUUCCCAGAGUUCCAAGACCUCGUGUUUCACAUGGCUCCUGAUGUUUGCCAUGACUCUUAUCUUCGUAAUGGUGGUGCUGCUUAUCCGCGUUACCUAGUGCAGGUGUUGAACGAGCUAUUGAUACUUUUGCUCUUGGGGUUUAUAGAUUAAUAAAUGAGUCUCCAGUGUCCAAUCGGUCAUGAUGCGUUUGUUUUACUCUGAAGCUGUGACGGUUUACUGGUUUUGUACAAUGCACACUACAGGUUAGUUAGAAAUUGGCAUUGCAUUUACCAUAAAUAUCAUGUAUAAAAUGUUACUCUCCUUUUAGAAACAGCAUUCAUUUUUAAUACAGGGCUGAAAGAUUUCUUAAUCAAAGGCUUUUUUCCUCUCUAAA